AUGGCUCUCGAUCCGCGCGCGUUGGAGGAGAAGGCGAAGAAGACCCUCGCGGGCGCCUCGGGCGGCUUCAGCUUCUUCAGCGGGAGCAAGGAGGACAAGCUCCAGAAUGCGGCGGAGCUGUUUGUCCAGGCGGGAAAUGCUUACAAGAUGGAGGGGAAGAACAAGGAAGCAGGCACCGCAUUUGAGCAAGCGGCCAAGAUCCACAGAGACAGGCUGAACGAACCCGACGACGCGGCCAACAUUAUGGUGGACGCCUUCAAGGUCUAUAGAAAAGACAACCCCGAGGACGCGGUCCGGUGCUUGGGUGUGGCGAUUGAUCGGUACACGCAGAAAGGAAACUUUAGACGGGCGGCGAGUCACAAGGAGAACGAAGGGGAGGUUCUGGAGGAGGAGUUGGGGGAUCGGAGGAGGGCGAUGGAGAGUUAUGAGAAGGCUGCACAGUGGUAUGAGGGAGAUGGGGCGAAUGCGCUGGCCAACAAGCUCUGGCUCAAGGUGGCGGAUAUUGCUGCUUUGGAAGGGGAUUAUCACAGGGCGAUUCAGAACUUUGAAAAGGUGGCUGAUUCGUCGCUUGAUAACCACUUGAUGAAGUACUCGGUCAAGGAGUACUUCUUCAAGGCGGGGAUUUGCAUUUUGGCGACCAAGGACUUGGUUAGUGCGCGCCGCAAUAUCGAGAGGUACAGGGAAAAGGACCCGUCGUUUGGUGGGCAGCGUGAGUUUAAGCUCCUGUCGGCCCUGAUUGAGGCUGUUGAGGCGGGCAACCAGGAGGUGUUUACGGAUGAGCUCUAUGUGUACGAUCAGAUGAGCCGGUUGGACAAGUGGAAGACAGAGUUGUUGGUCAAGAUCAAGAACCAGAUUGAGGAGGCGGAUAACGAGUUCUCGUAG